AUGAUUAUCACAAUAAUAGAUGCAUGUAUAUAUAAUGUUGAUGGAACAAGAAGAAUUUUGAUUGCAAGAAUUAUUGUAUAAAAUAGCAUAUAAAUUAUAGGUUUAAGCAGGAUUAUUAAUAAUAUUUUGGUUGAUUUUUCACUGUUUAAGAAAAUUAAGAAAUGGUUUUCUGAAUGUUGCUACAUUUCUAUAUUUUAUUUCACUUUUUAUUUGCUGGACUGAAACUGACUAUUAUUUAUUUUAUGAAUAGAAGAAACCCUAUACAAGUUAUACGGCUGAAAUUUAUACCCUGUUAUUUGCAUUGGUGAUAUUGCAAGAAUCUUAAGUUUGUUAAACAAUAUCUCUAUUAUUUUCGUUAUUCUACUCUCUUUUUCGGUAUAAAUGA